CCAUUUUCAGUAACUUUUGAGCAAACAGUGUCGUGCUUUGCUGGUGAGAAGUUAUCAUGUCAACAUAAUAUGAUGAACUCGUCCCUUAGAACUAAGUUCAAAUGGAACUUUAGGCAGUAGGAAACACUAUAUGCCAUCAUAAGCUGAGACUCCAGUGUGUUAUGUGAUGGUGCUUGUUAUCGAGCUUACGCUUUACUCAUUAGGAGAGCAUAGUUCUAUAUUAGAUGUCUAGCAUUUUCUAAAGCUGGGAGGAUGAGAAUGGCUAUGUACCUACAUCUUUUUUGUUUGACAGCAUGACUGGAGUUCCUUUUAUCCUUCGCUAAAUUCUUAAGUGCUUGAGAUCUUACCUUAGACAUAUGUACAUACAUAUUUAUUGGGGGUGGGGAUGUCCGGCAAACCUAAGCUUUGACUUGUACUAGUGCAGGCUCUUUGAUAUAUAGUCAUUGAUCAAAUGCACACUUUGGUAUUAUGUACAAAAACAAACGUCUUGGCUCCUGCACAGACUCGGUCGACGGUAGUAGUUAAGGAGAUCCCGACGUCAAUCGCGAGGAGUAAAGGUGAUUUUCUCGUAAGCAAAGGCAAGAUAGUUUCGGCUCAGGCCCGAGACUAUGUAAUGGAGUCGAUAUUAGCACAGACGCUUCCACCAAUGGCACAGAAAGAGUCGAUAGGCACAAUGGAAGCUUCGGGUGAGCUUAUGUUGGUCCACCAUGUUCUAGAAAGGGAGGCAGGAGAAAUUGUCGAGGCUGUUGAGGGACAAUAUGAGGUUCUGACCUCUAUGGUCAUCCAUAUGAGGGAGGUAGGGGAAAAUGUCGAGGCUGCUGAGGGACAAAAUGAGAUUCUGACCUCUAUGGUGGAAAGGGGUAAUUGUUUAGAAGGAAGUAGGCAGGUUGAGUUUGAACGGUCUGAAAUGGAAGAGCUGGAUGAGCAAGAUAGGAUGGCCUCGAAUCCAGAACUUGAAGUAGCUGUUUAUGAGGAGGAGAUGGAUAGUUUAUCUCCGUUACGGAUGACUCCUCUUCAGAUUGUGUCGGAGGAAACCUCAGAUUGGGUUUUUAAACAUGUGGAGAAAAUUCAAAGCUGUGUGGGUCUCUUUUAUGAGGGUUAUGAAGAACAAUUGAGGGCACUUUUAGUUGCUAUUGAAGCUGUCCGCUUUUUUGUUCUUGUUAAUGGGCAGCCUUGUGGGUAUUUUUCGAGUUCUAGAGGUUUGAGGCAGGAGAAUCCCUUAUCUCCCUUCUUAUUUGACAUUGUUAUGGAAGCCUUGAGUCGAAUGGUGGAGGUAGUGGUAGGAGCAGGAUUAAUCUUGGGAUUUUCUGUGGGAACUAAUUCUAGUGGCCCCUCUACUAUAUCACACUUGCUUUUCGCUGAUGAUACCCUCAUUUUUUGUGAGGCAGUUGGGGAACAAAUUCAAAUUUUGAGGGUUGUCCUGCUAUGUUUUCAAGCCAUCUCGGGAUUAAAAGUGAACUUAAGCAAAUCGAAAUUGGUACCGGUGGGAGAGUUUCAUAAUAUUCAUCACUUGGCUGAAUUUCUAGGGUGUAAAGUUGCAUUUCUGCCUAUAAAAUAUUUGGAACUACUGCUAGAGGCAUCUUUUAAGGCUAAACACAUUUGGGACAGGGUGAUCGAGAAGAUAGAGAGGAAGUUGGCAGCUUGGAAAAGGACUUAUUUAUCUAAAGGGGGUAGGAUUACUCUUAUAAAGAGUACUCUAUCUAAUAUCCCUACUUACUUUCUAUCUUUAUUCCCUUUACCAAUUGGUGUGGCCAACCGUAUUUAAAAAUUGUAUAGAGAUUUUCUAUGGGGAGGCUUGGGAGAGGAGACCAAAACUCCCUUAGUGAGUUGGAAAAAAAUCUGUUGUCCGAUUGCUGAUGGAGGUCUGGGUAUUCAUAGUCUAUGUAAUUUUAAUAAGGCGUUGUUGGGAAAGUGGCUAUGGAGAUAUAAUGGGGAAGAGGAAGCAUUGUGGAGGGGGGUGAUUGAUCGCAAGUAUGGUAGUGAUUGGGGAGGAUGGUGUACCAUGGAGAGCAGGGAUUCGUAUGGAGUGAGUCUAUGGAAGUUUAUUAGGAAAGGUUGGGGUCGCUUACUGAAACAAGUUAACUUCUCAGUUGGUGAUGGUUCAAAAAUCAGAUUUUGAUCUGAUGUUUGGUGCGGGGAUAUUGAAUUGUCUCGAGCAUUUCCGGUUGUUUUUAGGUUGGCGACUAAUAAGCAAGCUUUAGUUUUCGAGGUGAUGGUAUUUUCCAAUGGAGUGGUGCUUUGGGAUGUAGGCUUCUCCAGAUCUGUCCAGGAUUGGGAAGUAGAGGAGGUUACUGAUUUUUUUAGACAGUUGUAUUCAGUGGAGAUAAGAAGACAGGGCAGGGACCAACUAUGUUGGAGUCAAAUAGCCUCUAAAAAAUUUACAGUUUGGUCAUUUUAUAAGGUGAUACUAAAUCAGCACCAUAUUGGCUUUCCUUGGAAGAGGAUUUGGAAGGCUCAUGUUUCAUCAAGGGUGGCUUUUUUUGUAUGGACAGCAGCAAUAGGGAAUAUUCAGACUAUAGAUAACUUGAGGAAGCGCGGAAUAAUUGUUGUGGAUUUGUGCUUUAUGUGCAAGAAAGAAGCGGAAUCAGUGAACCACCUACUACUUCAUUGUGAAAUGGCUAAAGUGCUAUGGGAUGGUGUGUUUGGAAGGGUUGGGUUGUGCUGGAUUAUGCCAGAAGCAGUGGUCGAUUUCCUAACAUGCUGGACCAACUUUCAAAUGCAUACUUGUUCCCAAGUGGCAGCUGCAUGGAAAAUGAUGCCUUUGUGUAUUAUGUGGUGUAUUUGGUUGGAGAGAAAUGAGAGGUGCUUUAAUGAUCAGGAACGCAAUAGAGAUGCAUUUUGGAAGUUUUUUAUAAGCAUUCUACUUAGCUGGUUCUCUGCUAUUGUACUGAAGGGUGGGGCUGUAAACAAGUUCUUGUCUUUGUUUUUCUAAAUUUUAGAAUGUACUAGGUGUUUCUUGUGUAUAC